AUGGUGCGAAGCGCAAGCGCCCGACUUGCCAACAUAUUUCCCAUUAUACAGAAGCUGCGUGCCGCUUUGACUCCUAAUGUAUCAUACGCGGCCAAGCUCCACAAAAUAUGGAAGGAGCUCUAUGGAAGCCACUGCACGAUGGCGAAGCAAGGUCUGGAAGAUGUCACAGGACUGCCUUAUUUCUACAACGACUUCUUGAGGCAGCAGACAAUGAAGGGCUUUUCCGAUGACGCAGCCGGAUAUAUCUACGGCACCCUGCUCGAAGUCGGCUCCGACACCACCGCGUCUACCCUCUAUGGCUCCGUUCUCGCGGUACUAAUAUUCCAUAAAGUGCAGAAGAAGGCUCAAGAGGAGCUCCACCGGGUAGUGGGGCGUGAUCGACUGCCACUCAUCGACGACUAA